AUGUCAGAGCUGGAGAAGCAGAUGAGUCCCAGCAUGAAACUCAAGGAUAACAGGAUAAAAGCCUGCUUUGGGUUGUUAUGGAAAGCUCAGCUUACAGAUCUGGCCAGCAACAGAGUGCCAGACCAAGCAGUGGGCAUGGUGACACCUUUUAUUCUCUAUUCCAGCAUGGGACUCUGGUCCAGGAUACCUCCAACAUCUGCCAGCUCCAUCAUGAUAUUCUUUCUUGUGAAGCAGUAUUUUCACUCCCAGGCCAAAGGUUCUUUGCUGGAAAAAACCACUACUGGAUGGAACAAAUACAAACAGGAAUGCUUGAAAAUGCUGCAGGAAUCAUCUGUAGACAGUGGAGUACAUUGCAAUGGGACGUUUGAUCAGUUUGUUUGCUGGCCUUACUCACGCCCAGGAAAUGUCUCUGUUCCUUGUCCUUCAUACUUGCCAUGGCUGGAAAACGGAAGUGUAGGACAUGUAUACAGAGUCUGCUUGGAUGAAGGGAUUUGGCAAACAAAGGAAAAUUCCACAGACAUUUGGCGAGAUAGUUCAGAAUGUUCUGAGAAAAAUCAUUUCCAAAAAAACGAGGAAGAACAUAAACUACUCACCACACUUCAGAUGUUAUACACUAUAGGAUAUUACUUUUCCCUCAUCUCACUGGUAUUAGCUCUGCUCAUACUUUCUUUACUCAGAAAACUUCACUGCACAAGAAACUACAUCCAUAUGAAUUUAUUUGCGUCCUUUAUCUUGCGUGCCGCAGCAGUCCUUAUAAAAGACUCUGUAUACAACAAUAUUUACUCCAAAAGACCAAAUGAUGAAACUGGAUGGAUAUUAUACCUCAGUCCGGAGAUUUUGAUAAUUUGCAGGACUGCCCAGUUUUUCAUGCAUUACUUUGUUGGGGCAAAUUACUUCUGGCUAUUAGUGGAAGGAAUUUAUCUGCACACAUUGUUGAUAACUGUGGUGCUCUCUGAAAGAAGACUGCUGCAGACAUACAUUGUGAUAGGAUGGGUUGUUCCAAUCCUGUUUGUGGGCCCUUGGGGAAUAAGCAGAUCCAAACUGGAGAACACAAGGUGCUGGGGAACAAAUGAACACAUGGGGAUCUGGUGGAUCAUCCGAGGACCAAUGUUGUUUUCCAUUGCAGUUAACUUUGGCAUCUUCUUAAAAAUUCUCAGAAUGCUGAUUUCCAAGCUAAAAGCUCAGCAAAUGACCUUUCAUGACUACAAAUACAGAUUGGCAAGAUCUACACUUGUGCUGAUUCCAUUGUUGGGGAUCCACGAAUUUGUCUUUACCUUCAUCACUGAUGAGCAGGUGGAAGGACUUUCAAGACACAUAAGACUUUUCAUUCAGCUGACAAUGAGCUCGUUUCAUGGUUUUUUGGUGGCAGUUCUCUAUUGCUUUGCUAAUGGAGAGGUGAAAGCCGAGCUGCAGAAGCAGUGGUCCCGUUUCCUGCUGGCAGAUCCCUUCGGCUGCAGACUCUGCUUUCUCGGGGAAAACAUCAAAUACCUCCGGAAAUGUUCACAGAAACGGAAGAAGCAUCACCUCAGCAGCAAGCACCUGGAGGUGAGCAAGCCCUGGGAGAUGCAGCUGCAGCAGGUGCUGGGCAGGCAGAGGACAGAGGCCAGCACAGGUCCCCCACAGAUGAGCAUGUCCGACAGCAGCGAGGGAGAGGUCACCACCGGAGAGACGACCGAGGAGGUCUUUGAGGAAAGCGAAAUUUAG